AUGAAGUUCACCGCUUCCGCCAUUGCCCUCGCCCUCCUCCCGGCCACGCUGGCCAGCCCCGUGGAGAAGCGCCAGACCGCUGUCACCAUCGUCGACAACUACAUGUUCAGCAUCACCCUGCCCAGCUUCUCCACGCACCACCGCAACAGGAACCCUUCGUACCUGAUCUGGACCACCGACGGCUGCACCACGUCGCCCGACAACCCAUUCGGCUUCCCCUUCCUCCCCGCCUGCCACCGCCACGACUUUGGCUACCACAACUUCCGUGCCCAGUCGCGCUUCACCUCGAACAACAAGCUCCGCAUUGACAACAAAUUCAGGGAUGACCUCUACUACCAGUGCAACGUCAACGGCCACGGCAGCAUCUGCAGGGGCCUCGCCGAAGUCUACUACGCCGCCGUCCGCGCCUUCGGUGGCGGCGACGCCACCCGGCAGACCCAGGAGGAGCACGACGCCCUCGUCGUCCUUUACGAGGAGGCCGUCCGCGCCUACGAGGCCGCCGUCCAGGAGGCCCAGGCCAAGGGCGAGCUCCCCGUCCUCGAGUGA